GUAUAAAAGACGGCGCCUGCGAGUAGUCCAGCUACACUUGUGUGGCAAAAUUUCCCACCAUGAAGGCCUACGUAUUUCUGGUGAUCCUUAGCACAGCUUGUGCUUUAAAUGUUGAACAGCAAUGCGCUGGGAAUGCGGACAGAGGGAUCUGCAACCUCAGCCUGCCAAGGUGGUGGUUCAACACAAAAACAGGAAAAUGUGAGCAGUUUAACUACGGCGGCUGUGGUGGAAACCAUAACAGAUAUGACACGAAGGAAGUUUGCGAGCAUACAUGUGCAAAUGAAAAGGUGCGGGUUGAGGAAAUGUGUCGCCGUCCGCCGCACCGUGGUCCAUGUCUCGCCAAUAUGCAUCGAUUCUACUAUAACCACCUGACGGAAUCCUGCCGCCCUUUUGUCUAUGGAGGUUGCCAGAGCAAUGGAAACAACUUUCAGUCAUACUUCGAUUGCAUGAAAGUUUGUAAGGGAAGUUUACUCCCGUAGAGUGUGCAGCAGUUUGCGAUGAUAAAACAAACUCGCAGAGAUGUAGUUUGAUUUCUUGCAAUAAAAAGCUUUUCCUGAAACGCUUUCAUUUUAGAUAAUUCAAGAUGU